GAACCAAAACACAACUCAAAUUAUUAGAACGAAAAGAAAACACAUCUAUGACGACAAUGGAUAUAGUAGCAACAACAAUCUGGAUGAUUGUAGCAACAAUAGUAACGGGACCUUCAUCACUAGUACAGAAGGUCGAAGGAGCGAUCAUGAACCCGACGAGAGUGACAGUAAUCAACAUGUUGACAGCAAAAUCAGACCUGAUGAUACAUUGUAAGUCGAAAAACGACGAUCUGGGGGAACACGUGCAGCCGUAUCAACAAUCUUUUGCUUGGAAUUUCAGGCCCAAUUUUUGGCAAACGACCCUGUUCUUCUGCUCCUUCGCUUGGCAAGGCAGUGGUGACUCACAUUCGUUUGACAUCUACGUUCAGAGGAGGGAUCAGAGCCGCUGCGUUGAUUGCAGAUGGGCCAUUACCGAGAACGGACCUUGCUUGUACACAUGGAGGAGCUCAGAUUAUGAUGUUUGUUACCCUUUUAAAAAUUAGCUAUAGCCAGGCAAUUUGUUAGUGUCUUUGAUUGAUCCCAUUCCUUCAAUAAAACUUACAAGCUUCUCAGUAUGGUUGAGAUAUUUAGAUGGGGCAUUAGUUAGUCAGAAUUUCGGUCGAGCGGGGAUUUCAUAUACUCAAUGAGAAUGAUGUCAGGAAAAUUUUAAGUAAACAAUUUGAAGGCGUGAUCUAAUCACUUUUUUAGAGUUUUUUUUUUUCCUCCUGUUACGAAUUGCUGGUAGGAAACAUCCACGAGUCCCUCCUCCAAUAACAAUUUUUCAGAUUUUUGUAUUUGUGACGCAAAUAAGGGAAAACUUGGAAGAAGAAGAACUCUAUAGAAUGAAUUAUGACUGUAACA